CAAUACCUCUGCUCUUGUCAAAUGGCAACCGUUUGUGUAAGCUUCUUACUUGGAAGAGGCCGUGUGCUGGCCAUCAUGCCUAGCCCCUCACUGCACCAAUGAAACUGCUCCAUCAAGCAUGAACGAGCCAGUCUUCCUGGAGAGCCUGAGAAGGAACAGCUGUGUUAGAGAAGCCAAGCUUUUUGUUUCCUCGUUGAGGACAAAGCAUUCCUUCCUAAGGAAGAUGUGUUUCUGAGAUACGGCCGGGUGGGAAGCGGGGAAUUGUUUCAGUGGUAGGCACUGCAGAAGGUCAAGGCUAGGUUGGCAUUGAGUCAUUGUUACUAUGGUCCAAAGUCUUGCAGGAAUUUUUCAAAUUUGUAUGCUUCCCCCGCCCCCAGAUACCUGUAACAUCAGGUGCGAUUCUGUUCCAAGCCACAAGAAGAACGAAAGGCCAGGACUUCCCCGAGCACCAGCUUCUAUUCCUGCUUGGGACAAAAGUAAGAUCUUCCCAAGGCUUGAGAACUUCCUGCUGCUUCGUUUCUGACAGAGCCUGUACUUAAUCCUCUCCCUCGGGCCAGGCUCAGAGUAAACCGGAGGAGUUCCGGAGCUGGACAGAGAACUGCCCCUGGCCUGGUAAGAACAGCCAUCCGGAUGGAACCCAGAUCUGCAAAGAGUCCAGGCAAACAAUUUACAUUUUAUUAUGGAAAUGAAGUUCACAAACAAGAUUACUUCAUUAAGUCGCCACCCCCUCAGCUUUUCUUCAAGGCAACCUCCUGGAAAAGGCGGCUUUGCAUCCUGUCCCAGAACGGGGAAAGGGGCCUGAGCCUCUCCUAUUACAAAGACCAUCAACACCGAGGCUCCAUCGAAAUCGAUCUAAGCACCAUCAUAGAAGUUGGUAUAAGUAGCCCGGAAAAGAUGCAGUCUGUGCAGAAGAUGUUCAAAUGCCACCCGGAUGAAGUGAUGUCCAUCAGAACUGCAAACAGGGACUACUUCCUCAUUGGCCAUGACAGGGAGACGAUCAAAGACUGGGUCUCCUUCAUGUCACCAUAUUGCCGGGGUGCGCACGCAGCUCAUCAGAAUACAGAGCAGGAGAAGCCUUCUCUGGGUGACAGAAGACCAGUUUCCGACCCCAGUCCUUUCUUUGGCCUCUACAGUGCUCCGGAGAAUGUCAGCCUUGCAUUGCCGAGGGCCAGUCUUCCAGACAUGCAUUUAAUACAAAAUAGUCUCCAAGAACUCAGGCAAGAUCAUAAUUAUCAUUAUGAAGACCAUUUAUACUCAGAACCCCCUCAAGACACAGAAGAAGAGAAUUACUAUCAGACUCCCCGAAGCAUCCUUUCAGAAUUGAAGAAUAUUGCUGACUCCAGCGAUUCCGAUGACUCCAUUGAAUCCAGUAGUCCAGACCAAGUUUUCAAGAAAUCUGAGAGCAAUUACAUGUCAAUGAGAUCCUGCUUCUUCAAACAACCAACCCCUGCAUCUGCUGAUGGCCAAGCUGAAACCCAGAGCUCUCCGGAGACUCCGGAGCAGGCAACUUCUCUGCAAGAACUCGGCACAGGGAGUUAUCUGUAUCUUUCACUUGCUGACCUGGAAGCACAGACCGCAGAAGACAAAACGGGGUCCGCCUCCCUAACUGUUGUGAAAUUGUCUAUAUUACUCAACAAUGUCCCCGAUGAGAGCCAAGUGGAGACUCUGAAUGUGUUCCUCACUCCUCAAGAUGCCAUCGACUAUCUUGCUCUUGUAGAAGCGGCAGGACGGAUAUGUGUGGCUCAGUGGGAAGGCCCUCCCCGACUAGGGUGCAUAUUCUGCCAUGGAGACCAUAUCUUGGCUGUCAAUGACCUGAAGCCCCAGAACCUGGAGGAAGUUUCCCUGUUUCUUACCCGCUGUAACCAGAAGGAGAAAGUGAAACUCUCCAUUGGCCGGAUCCCACAUUCAGAGAAGUUCCAUGCCUCCUCCUGUGCAUGCCCCUUAAAAUACCAACAGGGUUUGCCGGGGAAGGCACUGAAGAGGAGUCCGGCCAUCAAAAAGACCCAGAAGGAAUCAACUGGAGAAUAAUCUGCCUCGGGCCCAUGGCAGCAGAAGAAGGAUGGAGCCCUGGAUCAUCAUGAUCGGAGACAAGACAGAAUCCUACUUUGAGUCACUGUACUGUCCUAACAAUGGGGGUCACUAGCCCCUUUGUGGCUGUUGCAUUGAGGUCACAUGGGGUAAUGACUAAGGAACAGAGUUAGAAUGGAAGGCCUUAUUAUCUGAGACUUGGCACCAAACACGGCAGGCAUCGACUGAGUAAAUCUAUGGUCUAAUUAGUAGUACUGUGUGCUUUCUGAGGUCACAAUUGCUUUUUUGUUAGGAAUUAGAAUUAUUCAUUCCAGGGAGGCAAGAGAUGAAAGUCUGUAGCUGUCCUCCCAGACACUUCCUGUGACUCAGCAGCCCAGGGGCCGUCAGGCCAGGCAGAGUUACUGGCGUUCUUACCAGGCUCAGUAGACCUGCUUUCUUAAAAGACAUGGUAACUAUUUUGGAAGCUAAGGAAGUUUGGUGCUGUAUCCAGCCAAGAGCUGCUUGCUCCAAAUGUAAACAGGAAACUAUGUUUAUAUGUUCUUAAUUGAUUGGUUUAUUACCAAAUUAGUCCUGUGAAGUCAAGGAACCAAAGGCCUUUUAAUCAGGAAAGCAGGAGCCGGCAGCUGAAAUCUAAUCAGCUUGGGGAAUGUCGGUACAGGGGGGCGGGCGGUCAGAGGACACAUCUCAGUAGACUGUCCUUUCACGUGGAAAAUGGAAGGCUUUGAAAGCUCAGUGAUAUUCAGUCUUCAUGACUCGGAGCUCAGUAGCUGUAAGGGCAGAACCAAGAAUCUAACCCAGCUUUAGAAAGAAGAUCCCCUUGACUUCUGCCUUGUAUGUGGGUUUAGAUUAGUAAAGACCUUUGGCACACAGGAGAGACAUUCAAUGUAUUUCAUUUUCUGUUAUCUAGAUUGUUUCCAGUAUAACAUGUAUAUAUGUGUAUAAAACAUAUGAAAUAAAUAAAUGUCUAUACAUGAA